GAUAAUGCUGCCAGGGCUCAGCAGUGGAGGCCCUUCAACGACCGGCGCGACCUCGCUCUAGCAAUUCGUUCCGGCCCGUGCUGACCCGUGACCGCAUGAACAUAAAAUGGAACUGACAGCUGAGGCAGAGACCUUCAGGUGAGCGGGAGACGGCGGGGAUGCCAUCGACCAUCGUUUAUCUCCAUCCUUACUUCUAUUCUUAGCCACAAGAGCUAACGUAUCCUCAUGCUAUAUGCUGAAACUGAUGCAGUCUCGUGAAGCUUGCUUAGCUGGGGCGUCAGGGACAGGCACCCCAGCGUGCGUGCUUGCACACCGAAUGGCCGGCACGCCUUCCCAGGAUCCCGAGCUCCGGGACAUAUACCUCCAGUUUGUUAAAGAUGAUGUGCUGCCCGAGCGCGAUGAAUUGGUCGUCAUGGAAGGGCGCGGCGGCGACGCCCACCAACAACAACUCGGGGGUGGUGCUUCACUUGCUGUGCCGCCUAUGCUAGGACCUGGAGCGGCGCUGGCCGGCGGCAGCAGCCUUGUGGCAGCGGCAGCAGCCGCCGGCGGCACCACCUGGGUGACGCAUGGCAUCUCUCAGAUGCUGCUGCACGGACCACAGGCGCCGCCGCCGCUACUCCAAGGAACUGGACAGCUCAGUCUCACAGCUUCACAGCUGGCGUCGGUGUUUACGACGGCAUCCAUGUUACGACCCAUGGCGCCAAUGGCGGCUCCUGGCUAUGCAGCUGCAGCGAGCACCCCCGUGGCGGCAGCAGCAGCAGCAGCGCAGCAGCCCGUGCCCGCGGCUUCCACAAUGGCCGGAGGCGCGCAGCAGCAGCAGGCGGCGGUAGGUGCUGGUGCUGGCGAUGGUGGUGCUGGUGCUGGUGCUGGUCUGGCUGAAAGGCUGGGGCUGCGGCAAGGCGCUAAUAAGAUCCAGCAGAGGCGGGAGGCGCUGCGGGCUGUUGGCGCACUGCUGGUCCCGUACGAGACGGUGGAGAAGGACGCGGCGGAAAAGAAGGCGGCGGCGGGCCAGACUGCGAGCGACGCAGCCGCCACCGCCGCCUCAACGGCCGCCGCAGCAGCAGCAGUAGACGCAGCCCGCAUCUCACAUGCGGGCGCCGCGGCAGCAGCUGCGGGUGCGCCAGGCAUUAUUGCAGGCAUCCUGGAGAGCACAGCACUAGUGUCGGUGGUGGUGGGCGGGCCGCCGGGCGCGCCACUGCCGCCGCCGCCGCUGGCCACUACGUGGCAGGACCGGCCAGUGCCGGGGCGUCAGCACGCGUUCCUCGCCAUUGCCGACGUGCCCGGCAAUCGUCAUAACCCCACCGGCGGCAACCGCAACCCGGUCAAGCUCCCGCUGCGACCUGGCCACCCGCUUGCGGACCUGCACCUGCUUGUGGUGGCCAUCGGCGGCACGCGGUGCGCCCACCCAGGCUGCACUCGUGGCGGCAUCAACUGCGUCGGCCACGACUAUGACCUGGUCACAAAGUACCAGCUUGGGUUUGUGGUCAAGCCGUCCUGGGCAGAAUGCAAGCCGAUUAGCUGGGGAAAGGGUAAGGGCGGCGGGGGACAAAACAAGGCUGAGGGAGACGGAGAAGGAGAGGGUGAGGGGCCGUGGAUCCGGACGCAGGCCAGUGCUGUGCUGUGGCACAUCAAGGGACGCGUGUCGGCGCAAGCCGCUGCCGGCAGCAUGCCAGGUGCAGCAGCAGCAGCCGCCGCGACAGCAGCCACACAGCCGCAGCCCGCACGCCAAACGCGCGCGGGUGCGGCGGCACCGGUGGCGGGGGCAGCGGCGGCCAACGCAAGCGGUGCAACGGCCGCUGCGAUGGGCAGCGUGGCACCGCUGACAGCAAGGGCCGUGGCCUCGGCAGCUGACACACCGCAGACGAGCGGCGGCUUCAUGCUCGUUGACGCGGAUGGGGCUGCGAAGGUGCAGCCGGCAACUCGGCGCUCCGUGACCGGCAGCAGGAGCGGCGGUGGCGCAGUUAGUGGUAGCGUUGGCGCCAGCGGUCAUGACGUGCGCGGCGGCCAACUACUAUCACGCCUGCUCAAGCGGUCGCACCCAGACGACUGGUUGGGAGCCGCGCCAGAACAGGAGGCUCAGCGGCACGGGGGCAGGAUGCGUGUAGGGCUGGGGUCGGGGCUCGUGCCGGCGCCAGGGACGCGGCAGCAGGUUGGGUGCGUGUCGGACCCAGCCGCCCGUCAGCUCACAGCCCUUGAGCACAGUGUCAACCGCGUGUGGAACUUCCUCACCGGUCCCAGCCCAACAGCCGAGGGCUUUGCGAAGCUGCUCUGCGGCACGCACGACACGGAUGGCAUUCCGCUCGAGCACUUGCGAGACCGGAACUUUGUCUGCCGCGACCUGCAGCUGCGGAAGAACAACAACAAGCUGCGCUCACCGGAUGAGCGGCUUUCCCCGAUGCUGGGUCUGGCGCACAUGCUUGUGCUGCCCCGUGCCGCGCUGCGUGGCGAGGGAGUGGAGGCGCGGGUCCAGGAUGCGCCGGACUCGGCCGAGGAGCUUCGGCAGGAGGAGGAGCAGGCGAUCGGAAUGGUCAAGGCCCUGAUCGAGUACAUCGAGCCCGCGACCUGGACUGAGCUGCUGGAGCGGAUGCAUGACGGCACAGCCGUGCACGCCGCCGGCAGGUACGGGUACCGGCAGCAGCUGCUGGAGGCGUGUGUGCUGCCCUACGCCAGCAGGUCGGCGCUGCUCACCGCCACGCCGCACAACUACCUCCCGCUGCACUCGGCGCUGCGCUCCAGCCACGAAGGCGCCGGCCGCCUGCUGGUGCGCGCUGGGCUGCAGCUGGCGGACGAGCUGGGGCGGGCGUUCUGCGGCCGGCCUGAGGUGCUGCCCAGAUGCAUCCAGGAGGCCCUGGAGGUGACCGGCACAGCCGUCAGCGCCGGGUCUGGCAGCCCCGCCGCCGGCGGCCGAGGCGGAAGCAGCAACAGCAGCGGGGCUGGUGGGGGCAGCGGGCGGGGCUACCCGCCGGAGGUGGUGGCGCAGGCGAUUGCGGCGGAGAUGGUGUACAGCCUGAGGAACAAGUACUUCCGUGGGGAGUGCAACGAGUUGGGCUUCCAGCCGCCGCCCGGUCGGAGCGGCGAGGCGCUGCUGGUGCGUGUGUGCAGGCAGCUGAUGCCGGACCAGCAGCCUGCUGCAGCGGCCGCCCGCCCGGCUGCGGGGGGAGCUGCCGGCGCCGACGCCAGCGCGGGAGCCGGCGUGGGCGCGGGUGUGGAGGCCGCAGCAGCCGGCAGAGUGGUGGCGCGGAGUGCGGCGGGUCCGCUGCGGCCGUUCCCUGCGCCGCCGCCCUCGGGCAAGACUGCCAAGGCGGGUGUGUUGGGUGAGCUGCGUGCGCUGGCUCGGCAACAGGAUCAGCAGCAGCCCCGCACCCUUGCAGCCCCGCCGUCCGCGCAGCAGGAUAUCCCCAUCUGACUGCAGCAACUGGAACUAUGAAGGAAUGGAAUGAUGCAUGCAGGGCAGAGAUGCAUAUGCGUCCGGGACCCGGGGAGAGUUGAUGUAAUCAGCAAGCCACCACCCAGCAUAGCGUGCCCAGCAGUCCUUAGUCCGGAGGGCGCAAGAGCGCAGAGCGGUGUCUGUGGCGGAGGGCCAAAACUACAUGCUGGGGUAUGUGCCGUGGGAAUGGGUCAGUAGGCUGACUCUGCUGACAGAGAUUUAGGGCAUGGUACAAACAAGGUAUGUUGCAAGAGCUCGAAGUUGGACUCUGCGUGUUGAGUUGCCCCGAAACGUACGUUCGUCGGCACUCCAUAAAAUGCGUUGCGGGGGGCUCAUCAGAGAGCCACUGACCGCGAGAGCCUGUGGUGCAGGCUGUAGCUUCAGCGGACGAGGCGGUGCCAAGGUUGGGUAUAGCCCAGCAGGGAGUGUGCACGCAGGAUGUGCGUAUGUUCGACCGUGAGGGGGGGUGUAGAUACCAGCCCAAACUAAACCAAACCCAAUGGGGGGUUGGUUUGAGUUCGGGGAUUCUGAAGUUACUGGGCCUUGAGCCUGCGCUCAGUGGGCUGCCUCCGCCAACGAGGUUGGAGCAGGGGAGGUUGGGGGUCUUGCUAAUCCUACUAAGCGUGUGCGGGUAGUUGAGCGACUGUUGUACCACGUGCACGGUGUCAACAUGAGGGGUUCAGGAAGGACCACGCCCUCUUAACGG